AUGCCGCCAAAGAGGAAGGGACACACCCUCAGGGGGAAGCAGAAGGUAUUUCGACAUGCCGUGGAGCAUGUGCGCCUUGGACUCGGUCACACCGUUCUCGGCAACCUCAAUCUCGGCCUCGCCGCCUCCGCCCCAAGCGCAGUCGACAUCGGUUCUACUAUCCAGCGUCCUGCCUUCUACGUCGAGCUGAAUGAGCAGCUCCUCUCCCACAGCUCCAAGGACUUCAAGAAGUUCCGCUGGGAAGUGCUGGAGUUGUGCGAGACGGUCCCUCUUUUGCAGCUGCAUCACCGACAACUCGCGCAGAAGCUGCUGGCGCGCCUCAUGGACCGCGGCACGCACCGUGUAGGGGAAGAGGAAGACAACGAGGAGGCGAAGGGACGUCAGAAAAAUACACGUAGGAAAACACCCGGCGGCGCCGAUGAGGGCGCGACCACGCAGGCCUACGAAGCUUUUGCCCGGUUGACCAUCGCCUUUGUGCGUGAUAUGGGCAGCAAGUUUCUGCCCUACUACCAAAUUUUUCAGCAAUCCAUGCAAGCCGGCAUGUACGACCAGUCUGGGCAUCUCAUCGUCGACACAGCGCGGCUGCAGCUCGUCUUCGCGGUGCAGGCAGCUUGGUGCCGGGAACUGCACAACUGCUGGGACGACCCUGCGCAACUCCCACUGGUGCGCCGCAUUAUUCAACAGUACGUAGGGCAGCUGCACGACACCAAGGAAUAUGUGCGUCGCCUCUCCGCCGAGCUGCUGGCGUUUCUGUGUCGCCUCUGCCGCCCCUUGCUGCCGCUGGUGGUGGAGGAGGCGUGCGGCGAUGUGCUGCGCGCCUACGAAGAAACUGCCACAGAGGCCGCCGCCGCUGCCGCUGAUGAUCGGAGUGACGAUGACAGUGCGGGGGAGCAGGAAGACAAAGAGGGCGAGGAAGAGGACGAAGAUGCAGACAGCGACACACCGCCGUCCGCGACGUCGUCGUCGUCCUCCAUCUGGACUGAUUCGGCGCAGCUGCUCGACUUUACGCGAAGCACGUUGCCGCACCAUCCGGUGGUGGACGGGCUGGUGUUCUUUGCGGCGGAGCUUUUCCGUGGUAUGCGUGGUGCGUUGAGCUCGUCCUUUGAAACCCACUACGUCCGUCUCUUGUACGCGUUUCAUCUGAUGGAGCUGGACGAUACGACGGAGGAGAAGACGAAGACUGUAGAAGCGGCAGCAGACGGCAGGAAAGAGGCGAAGAAUGCCACUCCUGCGCGAUCGACUGUGAAUGUCGUGCGUGCCCUUCACCACCAGCGCCACCCUCUUGCCCCGCUUCUCGACGACGGUGAUGAUAACGACACGGACGCAGGCAAUAGCGGGAGCAGCGCAAAGGACGCCGCAGUGUCGGCGCGCGGUCGCCGCAACGCCGAUUUGCACACUACGCGCUGGUCGGCUGUCUUUGACAUCGCUGGUGAGUCAAACACGACUGUGCAGGCAGAAGCUGUGGAGGAAGAGGAAGAAAGGGAAGGAACGACGCUGAGCAGCAGCGCUGAUAUCGCCGGCGCUCGUCGUCUACUGCGCCACAUUGGAUCCCACACGCUGGGGAGCGCGGCGGCCGCGGUGCUGCGUGAAACAAAGAGGCAGUCCUUGCUGCUUUCCCACGCACAAGAUUCCUCUACCGACGAAGAGGACGAUGAGGAGGUAAAAAAUGACCAGGCCAACGACGAAGCCGCGGCCCAUAGUAGUGUGCGGCCCAGCCACCGUGUACUCACGGCUGUUGUGAUGUGCUUGAGGUGCUCCGCCGGUCCUGCGAGUGCGUCGUAUGUGCAGAUCCUCGUGUCGGUGAUGAGCGCAGCCAACUUCGCACUCUGGGUGGACAGCCGGGAGGCACCUCUGUUGAAGCAGCUCGCCAAACAGCUGCUCUCUCUGCUCAAGCCUCGCUCGUCAGCGGAGGAAGCCGCACUACGCUUCGAACUCUCAGUGGCCGUUGACGAGGAAGGUUUCGCGGCGCGGUUGCUUGAGAGCGCCGCCGUCGUGCUACGUCUGCUGCUGCCGCUGUGCCUCUCGCCCUACCUUGGUGCGUCGCCGAAAAGAACCCCCACGUCCGACCACCUGCUGGAGCUGCAGCAGUGGUUCGUGCCGGUCGCCAAGGCGGCGGUGCAAGCGUGUGUGAAGGUGGCGACCGCCCCACCCCACAAGUCCAGGGUCGCACCCGAGGUGGAUACAGCGUGUCAGCCGCAGGAAAAGGCAGAACAGAUUCUUUUCGCGUUUGCGCAGGACGUCGCACAGAAGAAUUACGCCUUCGCCAUGGAGCAGGAGCGCCGCAUCGCCGAGGAGGCGGACGUGCGCGGCAUCGACACGCCAACGAAGACCUCGACCACAACGGCAACGAAGCGCAACAGCACCACCGACUUUCGCGAAGACGCCUACGUCUCAGGGGAGGAGGAAGGCGAGGAGGAUGCAGGCGAGACCGGUACUGCCAGCAACAGCAUCAGCCGUCCCCACAAGCCACACCGCGCGCACCAUCAAGUCCCAUCGCUCCUCACACCGUUUGCCCUCACGCUUCUUCACACCAUUGGAACGGGUGUAUGGCAACGUGCCACCGAGGAUCUUCAGCGAAUUGCCGGCGCCAGCAGUACGCCUUCCUCCUCUGUCGAAGCUGCGUCCAUGAUGGUUGUUGCUUUUCGCCACGCCAACGUCCAGCGAGCCGUGCUGUUGAGCCGACUUCUACAGGACCACACGCAGCAUAUGGCUGUCAGUCCAUUGCAGCAGAUGCUGCGGCUCAAGGCCAUCUCGGCGGCUGCCGGCAACGCGGAAGGCAGUCGCAGCGCUGCAGCAGCAACAGUUGAUAAAACGGCUUCGGCACGUGGCGUGCUGGAGAAGUUCGUGUUAGGGCUGUUGCAGUACUACAAGACUGCACAAAGCACUGGUCGCUCUUCUAGUCGAGAAGCGAGCGAAGCGAUGUCCUACGUGUCAUGUGCGCUCCCCCUCAUUCAGCUCCUCGUCUCCGCGCCGGCCACCACAGCCAGCUCGGCCUCAGCUCCGGUGAAGUCGGCCUUGCUGGAGCUGCUGCAAAGCAUUGAAGCGCGCGAGGACGAGUCGCACGAUCAACGUAGCGACCAAAAUGCGGAAGUGGCGUCGCCACACCGCAGCCUUCUCGAUCCCGCGGCCUAUGCGCUGUACGCCGAGGUCGCGGCGAUGCUGGUGCAGCUCACCGCCGGCCUUUCAGGUGGCCGACGUAGCAGCAGCAGCACAAAAUUGAAGAAGAACAAGGGAACAUUGUCUGUUGCCACGAGUGGCGACAUGAGCCACACAGAGGCGGAGCAGGAAGGGCUGCGACACUUGUGUCGUACAGUGGCCGUUCUUGUGCACGGCUUCCGGCAGCUUCGUGCAAGCCCGGACGCUGCGGGUGAAGCAGACUUGCCUGCUGCUGCCACCAACACCACGAGCACUGCUGUCUCUGAUGAUACGCGGGUGCAGCUCCUGCACGGUGCAGAAGUACUCCUACACGCCCUGUUGUGGAUGCUGGGUCUUGACUCGGAGAGUCAGCACUACGACGAAGCACAAGAGACGUUGGCAGCAGCAGCAGCAGGAGGAGGCGAGGAGGUUUUGUCGGCGCACACGAAGAAAGCGCUGUCCACGCUGCACGCCGCGUUGCCUGCAAGCCUUCACGCGUCUUUUGUCCAGCAUGUGCUGUUGGAGUGCGUGACGGCGCCGAUCGCCGGUCUGCGGCUGCACGCCCUGCGUCUCCUGCGGCUGCUGUGUCAUCCGUCCCUCACCGAUGCACACCGUCUCGUCGGUGCGCCGGCGGUUCCGCUCGACAUUCUCGACGCGCUUCUCCGUGCCGCCGAGUUCAACCCACUGUCGCACCGGGGCAAUCUGGACGGCAUGCAGCAGGCGCUAUCACGUCUCUCGUUCAAAGUUGAAUCCGGGGCCGUCACGAAAACCUUUGAGCGUGUCCUCAUUGCUCGCACGGUAAUUGGUUUUCUGUACAUCAAGUUUACGGGUGCGUGGGAGACCGCCUCGAAGCUGUUGUGCUGGCUCGUGGCCCAGGAAGAGACGUCGAUGGCCCAUGCACGCGCGUUGCCAAAGGCAGAGGGCGACAAUGAUGGAAAAUUCAAAGAGAACGAUAAGGACGAGACAAACGAGACGGAGGACGCGCAACCUCGUCGGAAGCGGCUGGAGCCGGUCGUGUGGAACUCUGUCAUCUGCGUGUACGCGCGGUCACUCAUCUUGGGGGAUGUAGUAGCCGGUACCACAGCAUCCACCACAGCUGCUUCCGCUGCCGCCGUUGGAGGGUCGGAGGAGCAACGAGCAGAGGAAGAGCUCGAGGGCAACGCAGUCGCGGCGGACGGGUCGGAUGCGUUGGCGGUUGCCGUCUGCGGUGCCCGUCUGGCUGAGUUGCCGUGCCUCUACGAGAUUCGGCCGACAGACCAGCAGCGUCACGCCAAGGGCAAGCUGGUGAGCCGCGCCUUCUCCAGCGCACAGUACAGCACUUCUUCCUUCACACUUCUGGAGAGCACCAACGAUGACUUUGAAGUUGUCCGGUGGGGACAACACUGGACAGCGUCGUCACGGCAACAGGUGAAGAAGAACAAGAGGGGCAACAACAGCAGCCUCGCAGCGGCUGCCCUGUACGCCACCUCUACCGACCGCUCUACCCUAGCGCAGACCUUUCUCUCCAUCCUGGAGGCGAUGGUCAAGACGGGCUCGGCGGUGGACCGCAAAGUCCGCCUGGUCGAGGACGUGGUGCUUGAGCUCGCCGCGGUGGAGCGCAACCGCCACCCGAGUGGCAUCGACGCGUCGCAGGUGCGCCGGCUCGACCAGCGACUGGAGGUGGCGAUGCGGGCGUGCGCAGCGGCGCCGACGGGUGUACUGACGGCGUCGCAACGCAAGCGCCUCUCUGACGCGGCCCAGCACGACAUCGACGGCCGCAACGCGGAGCUGCAGGCUAUUUUUGUGUCCUACGUAUCGGAGGUGAAUCCGCGGUUGCAGCGGGCGGCCGUGGACAACCUAAAGCGUCUCCGCGUGGAGCCGUACAGCACCUAUCACGGGAAACUCACCCCUUACUGCGACACGAUGAAGGCCCUCUUUGCGUUUUUGAGCACCUUUCAUGUGGAGAGCGAUGUGCCGUCGCACGACCGCGUGUCCUACGUCUCUGCCGCCUUGUCGCUCGCCUUGCCGAAGCUGUUGGCAAAGGUGUCGAAGGACAAGCUGAAGGAUCAGGCGGUGCUGAGCCGUCGCUUGAUGGGCUACCUGGAGCACCUGCCCCCGCAACCCACGCGUAUCGGUGCCGCGAAGGACCCACUCGCAGAGGUCUUGGAUCAGCUGCUUCAUCGCCUCUUGGCGUUUGCGAUGCCCAUUGCUUCCGCCCCGUCCGCGUCGUCGGGGAGGGUCGACUCCUACGAUUUUCUCACCAAUGUCUGGGAGGGAAUUGUGUACGGCGGGUGUGGCCUGCAGCCGCCCUCGUCGCAGCGGGGCGACACGACGGCAUCAAACGGUAACGCUAGCGGUGACGUGCGUCGCCGCUCUGGCCUUCAUGGCAUCCGUCGUCUGGAGCGUCUCAUGAAGCAGCUCAGCAGUGCCCUGCGGCUGCUGGAGGCGAUGCUGCACGCCGUUGGCCAGCGCUUCUCCGUCUACGUCUCAACGUGUUUACACUUGGCGCUGCAGUCCUACCUGGUAGCGUGCAAACAGUGUUUACGCCACCCGAUGGACGCGUUGAUGGCGACGCUGUCGACGGAUGCAAAGGACUCCGCCGCCACUCCUGGAGAAGAACGAGUGCGGCGCUGGUUGACUUUUUUGAAUAAGUCCCUUGCCAGCAGUACGCUCUCCACCGCGCUCUCGCACGUCCGCCGCGCGGCGGUGUCGAUUGUGGCGCUGCUGUCGGAGCAGUUCCCGGAGGAGGUGAUGGACACCGUUCGUGACUGCAACGCCAAUGACACCACGGCGCCAGCCUUUUCCCUCUUUGCGACGUACCUGCGGACGCUCUUUGACAACUCGAAGGGUACCACGCUCGAUGGCGACGGUAGGCCGCUUGUGGCUGGUGGCCUGCGUUUGCCGUCGUCAGCCAGGAGCUCCGUGACUCCUGUACUGCGGCUCCUCAUGGCGUGGGUGCGCAGCCCUGCUCUUCUUCCUCUCUUCCCUGCCUUUGCUGGUGUUGUGGUGGGCACCCUGGAUGAAAUCUUCGCCGUCAACGCUGCCGCGACGUCAGUGCACAAAGCCUCGACACAGGCCAUAUUCGAGGGUCUGCGUUGUGUGUCGGAGAUGCUGAGUUGCGCCGAUGAAGAGGUGGUGGAGAUGCAGUUCUUUGACGGCGCAAUCAUAGCAAGACCAUGCGCACGCUGCGCCACCGCUCGCAAAACAACAACACUGACGACAUUCCGCAAGUGCUUCUUGGAGCAGCACAUUGUCGGGGUCUUUACCUCACUUUACACCCUGCUCACCUCUGGCGCGGCGCGGGAGGAGGCAGAGGUUACGACGAUGUCCACCACCACCACCACCACCACCAGUGCUGCGAUGACCUCGUCGCCCAACAAGAGUGACGUUGCGGAGGACGAAAAAGGAGAAGCAGCGACGGCAGCGCUGGAGAGACGACGCCGUGUGCCCUCCUCGCAGUCGUCAAAGGGGCGGAAGAGCAGCAGCACCACCAGCAACAACGCUGCUCAGCGUGAAGGCAAGAGACGACCUACGUCCAUCAUGUCGCUUAGCGUGUCUGUGUGGCGCGAGGUGAUGCGCACCGUCUCCCAGCUGACCCAGUUCCUGCGCACGGACGCCGCGGCCUCCACGUCGUCGUCGUUGUCGCUAGACAGCAUGAUCGGCCGCCUGCUGGAGCUCGCACUAAAAAUGGUUGCGCACCCCGUCUGCAUGUUCGACGCGUCCACCGCGCAGAUGGUGACUGGCAUGACGCAGACGCUGAUGGAGCAAGUGCGCACGAUUACGUACCGCGAGCACUGGCAGCCCCUCGUGCGUCUCUUCAACGUCGUACCCAACCCACAGGCCCGCCACUCCCUCUGCGCUCUUCUGUCCGUUGCGGUGGAGAAGCUGCCGUUGCCAGAGAGCAGCAACCCGCUCCCGCUGGCACAACGUCACGACGAGUCGCAGCAAGCGAAAUGGUUCCACAAGCAGCUCGCCGCCACCGCCCGCGCCGUCAAGUGCCUCAACAGCUUCGAAAAGGAGGAUACGUUCGACCGCUACGACUUUGAACUCCGCUACCACACCUUGCACUCUCUACACGACUUUUUUGCCCACUUUGGAAACUACGGCGCAUUGCCGCGUGGCCGUCACAGCAGUAGCAGUGGUGGUGGUAAUGGUGGCGGUGGCAACGGAAGUACGAUCCGUAGGGAGCGGGCGUACGAAGGCGCGGAAGAUGUGCAGCUGUCGCUGGACAAAGUCUACGCCCCGGUACUGGUGCCGGAAGCCGUGGCCGUGCUGGCCGCCAACGUCAUGUUCUUCUUGCGCGACCCCGAGCAGACGAUCCGCGCCUUGGUCCUGCCUCUGCUGCAAUCCAUGGUGCGCUACGCCUCCUUGGGCGGUCAGCGGCUGCCGGGCACCUCAGAAGGUCGCAGCAGCAGCAUCGGCGGCGGCCAUGCCAAGCGCAGUGCACCGACACAAGCAGGCGAGGCAGACGCUGUGUCAGCAGAGCAGAACUCUGCGGCGCGUGCCGCGCAGCAAGCGUACCGCACGCAGGUGCUGGAGACGAUUCUGCGCCACGAAGUUCUCGGCUCUCUGCGGCGCGGCGUCGUGGCAAAAGAUGUGCACAUUCGCUGCGCUCACAUGCAGGCCUUCGAAGGGUUCGCGCGCUACUUUGGCGCUGAGUUUCCCAGCUUUGCGCUGCUGUACUCACCGAACACGGAGCAGAACUUCUACGCGAACGUCGGUCACGUACAGCACCGCUCGCGCCUGCAUGCCCUGGCGCUGCUGCGUCAGCACGCAGCCGAGAUGAACGUGCGUGACGUGCUGCGUGUUUUUGUGCCGUUCACCAUGAGUGCUGUGAAGGACUUCGCGGAGGGAAAACGCAAUCAGGCGAACUUGACGGAGGGCCGCGCUCGCGGGUACUGCGAUGCCGUUCUUCUCACCAUCAGCUCCAUCGCUGCGCGGCUGCCGUGGACCGCCUACUACCGCGUGCUGUCUCUCUUCCUGUCGAACGCGAGCGCCAACGCGAACUUGCGGGCAACGAUGCUGCGUGGUGUGGUGCAGGUGCUGAACACGUUUCAUUUUUUGGAGGACAACGAAGAAAAAGAAGGGGACGAGGCUGCGGAUGGCAGCGAAGCUGGUGAGGACGAGGAUGAGGUGAACGACGCCGAUGACGCGGUGCGGGCGGAGCUGACGGCGAAGCAGCGCGAGUUCCGCCACGCCAAGGUGAUGCGGGUGUUGGAGGCGGACGUUCUGCCGCAGCUUUAUAGCUACCUUGGCGACAAGGAGUCCAAGUCGAUGACCGGGAAGGGGUUGGCCAGUCAGCACAGUAUCACCACCGUGCGUCGCGAGCAGCAGCGCGAGGAUGCCGCCUCGGCGCAGAUGAAAAACGCACUGCUGCAGCUGCCCGUCGCGAUGGCCAUCACGAAGAUCGUGAAGCACUUCCCAGAGGACCGCUUCAACGUCCACGUGGACCACCUGCUGGACGAGCUCAUCAAGAAACUGCGCACGAAGAACGACAAGCAUCGCGACAGCGCACGCCGAAUUCUUGGCGCGAUGCUGCAGGAAACUGGGCCGUCGAAGCUGAAGUUUGUCGUGACGAAGCUGAAGGACAAUUUAGUACACGGCUACCAGCUGCAUGUGCUCGGCUACACCGUCGUCACGCUGCUCUACCAGCUCUACGAGCCGAACAGUCAGCUCUUGCAUCCCCACCAGUCCAAAUCCGCUGCGUCAUUCACCUCGCACGCACGCGGCGUUGUUCACGAUCCCGCGCAGGAAGCCCUUGAAGAAGCAAUGAGGCAGAAGCGGUCGAUCAGCGAGGGAGAGCAAGCGCCGCGCCGAGCGAGGCUGGAGCGUGAUACCGCCGGCAAAGAUGACAAGGCAGCGGAGGCAGUGAUCGCAGUGGAUGAGGACGCUGCGGUGGAGCAGGCCGAAGAAGCUCUCCUGCGUGAGCUUGGCACCUCGACGCACGCCGACUUCGACUUCCAAUACGGCGUUGACUGCCUCACGAAGGUGAUGGAGGACUUGCUCCUGAUUUUCCUGGAUGACUACCUCGGUGAGGUCGGCAUUCAGAAGGAGCAGGUGGAGGUAAUGAGCACCAUGGUGGAGGUGAAGCGCAACCGUGCCCUGCAAGGUUUUGCUUUCCUCGGCAAGCACUGCGAUGCGGCCACCGUGAUGGAGGCGUUCCUCCACCGCAUCACCUGGGUGCUCACCCCGCCGUCCGACAACGUCGUCAGCACCAGCGAGCUGCACGGCAGCGCGCGCGUCCGCUCCUUGUUGGCGCAAGAGAUGAAGAGCAAGUACCUCACCGUCGGUAAGGGUGGAAGCGUGGACUUGGUUUUUGUGAACAAGGUGCGCCUGCUCGCCGUUCGCGUGGCACGGUCCCUCAUGACGAACCCGACCAUGUCCGUCGAGAAGUCGUUUGAACAGGUGCGCCGCUCCCUCGAGCAACACAACCGCACCCGCGAGGAGAAAGUCCGCGACUUUGAAGCGAAGGACGGCACACGGCGCAUUCGCGGCAACGCACACCUCAUUUUGCACAAGGCAGAUCGGCACAGCCGCAAGGAGCAGCUCGACCAAAACUUCCUCGUCGCCGCCGUGCCGGAGCGGGUGGAUGCGGACUUCAGCGCGCACACCGUUUUGGCGACGCAGCAGAAGCAAAAGCUGCGCGUUUACCGCGGACGCUACGGCAAGGAAGUGAAGGAGGCCGCCAAGAACUUCUACCGCGAAGAUCCCGUCACGGCGGUGGUGCUCGACACCUUGGACGAGUUCCUCUUGAAGUUCCUCCUGAGCGUUCUGAAGCAAGUGCUGGGUAUCGGCAAGGAGAAGCACUACUCCAAGGCGGCCAUGAAACUGGACAUGCUCCGCCAUCACCGUGAGCAACAGCGGCAGAGGACAAAGAGCGCGGACGAGGAUGAGGGCGAGGCAGAAGACAACGGCGAGGCGGGGAGCGAGCAAACCGAAACCGCACAGGAAGGCGAUGGUGCUGCCGAAGAUGAGGAAGAGGAGACGGCCGCCGUAGCCAACGACGACGGCGACGAAGACGGCCUCGGUGCUUUUGCGGAAGCGCAGACCGUCGCAGAGGGAGAGACGGCAACCUCGCAGAAGCAGCGGAGGGCAAACAAGCCGACGCGAAGGGCGAGCAAUUCUGGUGAUGGGAGUAGCAGCACUUCUACUGCUGCGGCUCUCUUGGCGCCUGGCAGUGACCUCACCGUCACCUUCACUCAUGAGCACCGCAGCCUGCUCGAAUCGCUCGUGUCGGUGGUGCUGACGUGCUUGCAGGGCGAGGGCAGCGACGCGGUGGUGGCGAAUGCUCUGGACUGCUUGCUGGCUCUCGUCUCCCUCCGCCCGCCCCUCAACGCGGUCAACGACCUACAGAAGGAACUGUUUGAGACCGUGACGAGCUUCAUCGAGCGCGGCUCCGUCAUUAAGCAGCGCGCCAUCCGCCUGACCGCGGCAAUGGUGGCGCACCAGAAGUAUGUUGUGUCCGAGGCGAACGCCGUGCAGCUUGUGAAGCUUGUUCGCGCGGAGGUGAUGGAGCGUAACGAGUUCAUGUCCGUCUCCUUGAGUCUUCUCUACGCUAUCCUCGGAAAGCACGUGCACAUCGCCGAGGUCUACGACCUGAUGGACGUCAUCACAGAGCUGCUGCUGCACUGGAGUGCGCAUCGGACCAUUCGCCGCCGCUGUAUCCUCAUCUUGACGCGCUUUCUGCUGGAGUACCGCCUCACGCCGGAAAAGUUUAAGUCCCACAUUGACAUGUACUGCCGCAACCUCGAUUACCCCGAGCUGACGGGCCGAACCGCGCUGCUGGAGCUGCUGGAUGCGCUCAUCGUGCGCCUGCCCGCCGUCAUAUUGCGCGAUGAGGCUCCUGUCCUCCUCGUCCCCCUCGCUGCAACGGUUACGGGGAGUGAGUGGGUGGAGUGCCGCCGACAGGGCGGGGCGGUGCUGCAGCACCUUGCGCGGUACGCCGGCGUGGACGUGCUGGUGCCGGUGCUGUCAGCGUGGAUGGCUGCCGCACAGCCGCGGGCGACGCGCAGCAUGGCCGUGCAGACCUGGGCCACCAUUGUCCCCGCCCUUUCUGAGUUCUACGAACUCAGCGGCGAGCACCAGCAGCAGGGAGCGGACGACGACGGCGGUGACGCAGAGAGUGCUGCUGCGAGGGAGGAAAACCGAGCGGCCUUCCAGGCGUGUUGUGCCUGGUCGCUCGAAACUGUUCUGGAGGGCUGCCUCUACGAUCAGCUCGCCGCCUCGGGUCGCAACAAGAGGCUCGACCAGCUGUCCUCCAAGGCAAAGGAGAAGGUGGAGCUGGAGGGGUGGGCGUAUGUCUUUUACAGCCUGCGCGCCACCGAAGCCAUGCUGACAGCAUUGCCUGAGGAGCUGUACCCGCUGCUCGCGCCACGCCUGUUGCCACACAUCACGGACACGUUGAUGAUACACGCCCACCCAUGGGUGCGGGCGGCGGCCACCCGCAUCCUGCGCCAUUACCUGUACACGUUCGUGGAGCGCCGGUGCCGCUACCUGCAGGAGGAUGUGUGGCAUCACCUGGCCACUCAGACGGAACGCCUCGCGGGGCACCACAUCGUCGCCGAUCCAGCAGACAGCAACGAGACCCUCCUCUACAUGUUUGACACGGCGAGGUGCAGUGCCAAGACUGCCAUUGCCGAUGCGAUGAAAACCUUGCAGACCUUUGCUAGCACGCUGAGGCGGGUGUUGGGCCUCGUGAGCGCGUCGGAUGUGACGAUGGAGAUGUACAACGCGCACCGCGCCAUCGCCGAUCCGGCACGCGGAGAGCUGCUCAAGAUCGCCGUCUACGUGUUGCGCGCCAUGGCUGACGUCUCGCUCUUCGUCCUCACACAAACUGGUCUUGCUGCUGCUGCAGCCACUACGGCCUCCGCCGCGAUUACCGACGGCGCUGCGCCAUCGUCCGCACCCCCGCAGCGCCGUCUACGUGCGUAUCAGGACGUCCAACAGCGCGUUCGCACGACCUACGUCGCCCUCCAGCAUCAGCUGCACUCCCUGAUCACCCCGGUGGUGCAACAGAACAGUCUCGUGAACUACAUGGUGCGCAGUGCGACUUUGAUACAGCUGCUUGGUGGGUGGAUAUCUGUUCUGCCUCACGAAGCAUCUGACGAGGACGAGGAGGGAGAGGGCGAUGCACGUCAGCUGCACGACACGUACAAUGCACAGGUGCGCUGGAUGUCGCAGCAGCUGCUCUGCCCCACAACGAUGCUGCAGCAGUGCACCCUGCCGUUGCUGGCGCUGGGGCUGCGUGCAAAGCCCAUCUCCGAGAAGGUGUCACUCAUCGCCUACCAAGUGACCACCGUGGUGGAGCAGCAGCUGGAGGAGCGUCGCCACGAGCUGACCACGCCGACUACCACGCACAUUCCUGCCACAGACGCCGACGUGUCUGUUGGCAAGAAGCGGCAGCGCGAGGAGAGGAAGAAGGAUGCGGCGGAGCUGGGCGAAGAGAACAGCUACGGCGUUCCGUUUGAUGACGUUCUGGUCUCCCUCAAGACCCAACUCGCCAACAUCCAUGACGCUCGCCGGGACCAGCAGGUGGUGCUGAACGCGAAGAAGGCGCAGAAACGCAGCCGUCGGCAAAUGGAAAUGGAGAGCAGGCAGCAGCAACGGCGCAAAGGACGUCCGUUAUUGACAAAAGGCCGCUGA